CCGUCAGCAGCAACAAAAACGAGCAGCAGAAGAAGAAUGAGCGGCUGAAGCUGCUGAUGCUGGGCAGGGCUGGAAACACACACCAGACACACACACAUCAGACACACACCUCAGACACACACCAGACACACACACCUCAGACACACACCUCAGACACACUCGCUGCGCUCGGCGUCACUCUGACCUCUGGACUCUUUCCUCUCACCUCCUGAAACACACGGACGUGUUCUCUGUGAAUCUUUUUGGAUUUCCAGAUUCUUUUCAGCUGUUUUUGUUUAUUUCAAAUCAGCUGAACUUUUUUAUUUUAAGAGGAAAGUUUGAACUUUAUGAAGAAUUGUCUUCGUUUCCAUGAGACUGAAACUCUUUGAUCUGAUCUGAGGACGUCUCCUUGUCAGUUGGAUUAAUCUUUAUCUGGAGUUUUGUCUCUACACAUAGAAACACACACACAGACACACAAACGCUGGUUGUGGAUAUUUGGGGGGGGAUGGAGGAGGAGUGGGCGUCGUUGGAGUCGGCUCAGCAGCAGCUCAACUACAAUCUGCUGGAGGGACGAUUCAAACAGCUGCAAGAUGAGCGGGAGGCGGUGCAGAAGAAGACCUUCACUAAAUGGGUGAACUCUCACUUGUCCAGAGUCUCGUGCAGAAUCACUGAUCUUUACAUGGAUCUGAGAGACGGGCGAAUGCUCAUCAAACUACUGGAGGUUCUGUCCGGAGAGAGACUGCCGAAGCCGACCAAAGGCCGGAUGCGUAUCCACUGUCUGGAGAACGUGGACAAAGCGCUUCAGUUCCUGAAGGAGCAGCGGGUUCACCUGGAGAACAUGGGGUGUCACGACAUCGUGGACGGAAACCACCGCCUGACGCUCGGCCUCAUCUGGACAAUCAUCCUGCGCUUCCAGAUCCAGGACAUCCGGGUGGAGACUGAAGACAACAAAGAGAAGAGAUCAGCUAAAGACGCUCUGCUGCUGUGGUGUCAGAUGAAGACGGCAGGGUAUCCCAACGUGAACAUUCACAACUUCAGCACCAGCUGGAGAGACGGGAUGGCCUUCAACGCUCUGAUCCACAAACACAGGCCUGAUCUGAUCGACUUUGACAAACUGAAAAAGUCCAACGCUCACCACAACCUGCAGAACGCCUUCAACCUGGCAGAGCAGCACCUGGGCCUCACCAGCCUGCUGGACCCCGAGGACAUCAGCGUGGACCACCCUGAUGAGAAGUCGGUCAUCACCUACGUGGUGACGUACUAUCACUACUUCUCUAAGAUGAAGGCUCUGAAGGUCGAGGGCAAACGCAUCGGGAAGGUUCUGGACAACGCCAUCGAAACGGAGAAGAUGGUCGAGAAGUACGAGUCUCUGGCGUCGGACCUGCUGGAGUGGAUCGAGCAGACCAUCAUCAUCCUCAACAACAGGAAGUUCGCCAACUCGCUGGUCGGAGUGCAGCAGCAGCUCCAGGCCUUCAACACCUACCGCACCGUGGAGAAACCUCCGAAGUUCACAGAGAAGGGAAACCUGGAGGUUCUUCUCUUCACCAUCCAGAGUAAGAUGAGAGCCAACAACCAGAAGGUCUACAUGCCCCGAGAGGGAAAACUCAUCUCUGACAUCAACAAGGCCUGGGAGCGGCUGGAGAAGGCCGAGCACGAGAGGGAGCUGGCUCUGAGGACGGAGCUGAUUCGUCAGGAGAAACUGGAACAACUGGCCCGACGCUUCGACCGCAAGGCGGCCAUGAGGGAGACCUGGCUCAGUGAGAACCAGAGGCUGGUGUCACAGGACAACUUUGGAUUCGACCUCCAGGCUGUGGAGGCGGCCACCAAGAAGCAUGAGGCCAUUGAGACGGACAUCUCCGCAUACGAGGAGCGUGUCCAGGCUGUGGUGGCCGUGGCGAGGGAGCUGGAGGCGGAGCACUACCACGACAUCAAACGCAUCACCGCCAGGAAGGACAACGUGAUCCGGCUGUGGGAGUAUCUGCUGGAGCUGCUGAAGGCCCGCAGACUGCGGCUGGAGAUGAACCUGGGUCUGCAGAGAGUCUUCCAGGAGAUGCUGUACAUCAUGGACUGGAUGGAUGAAAUGAAGAUGCUGCUGCUGUCCCAGGAUUAUGGGAAGCAUCUGCUGGGUGUGGAGGACUUGCUGCAGAAACACUCCCUGGUGGAGGCCGACAUCGGGAUCCAGGCCGACCGGGUGAAGGCGGUCACCACGAACGCCAACAAGCACUCCGGCAGCGACAGUGGCUACAGACCCUGCGACCCUCAGGUCAUCCAGGACCGAGUGUCCCACCUGGAGUUCAGCUACCAGGAGCUGAUCCAGCUGGCUGCCGAGCGCCGGGCCCGCCUGGAGGAGUCCCGUCGCCUCUGGAAGUUCUACUGGGACAUGGCUGAGGAGGAGGGCUGGAUCCGUGAGAAGGAGCAGAUCCUUUCUUCUCUGGAACAUGGCAAGGACCAGACGGGGGCGCUGCGCCUCCUCAGCCAGCAGCGGGCUCUGGAGGAUGAGAUGACCGGCCGCGCUGGACAUCUCCACCACACCAUAGCUGAGGGCCAAGCCAUGGUGCAGGCCGGUCACUUUGGUGCCACCAGGAUUCAGGAGCGUAUUGCUGACCUGCAGGCUCAGUGGACGGCACUGGAGCAGCUGGCAGCCGCGAGGAAGACCAGGCUGGAGGAGGCUCUGGCCCUGCACCAGUUCCAGACGGACGCAGAUGAUGUUGAUGCCUGGACGUUAGAUGCCUUGCGCAUUGUCUCCAGUGGAGAGACGGGCCAUGAUGAGUUCUCCACCCAGGCCCUGGUCAGGAAACACAAGGAUGCAGCAGCAGAGGUAGUUAGCUACCGGCCAGUCAUCGACCUACUUCACGAGCAGGCUACCUCCCUGCCCAAAGAGGAGGCGGAGUCAGAGGAGGUGCGUGGUCGUCUGGCUGGCAUUGAGGAGCGCUAUAAGGAGGUGGCUGAGCUGACUAAGCUGAGGAAACAGGUGCUGCAGGAUGCUCUGGCGCUCUACAAGAUGUUCAGUGAAGCCGACGCAUGUGAGGUGUGGAUCGAUGAGAAGGAGCAGUGGCUGAACAGCUUGGAGAUCCCUGAAAAACUGGAAGACCUUGAGGUUGUACAGCACAGGUUUGAGAGUCUAGAGCCAGAGAUGAACAACCAGGCGUCUCGGGUCGCUGUGGUGAACCAGAUCGCCCGGCAGCUGAUGCACAAUGGUCACCCGAGUGAAAAGGACAUCAAGACCCAGCAGGACAAACUGAACAACAGGUGGAGUCAGUUCCGUGACCUGGUGGACCAGAAGAAGGAGUCCCUGAACUCUGCUCUGGGUGUGCAGAACUACCACCUCGACUGCAACGAGACCAAGUCCUGGAUCAAAGAGAAGACCAAGGUCAUCGAGUCCACCCAGGAGCUGGGCAACGAUCUCACUGGUGUCAUGGCCCUGCAGCGUAAGCUGACCGGGAUGGAGCGGGACCUGGCGGCCAUUGAGGACAAACUGGGUGACCUGCGCGGUGAGGCCCAGCGGCUGGCAGAGGAGCACCCCGACCAGGCCAAGGCCAUCACAGGCCGUCUGGCUGAGAUCAAUGCUGUCUGGGAGGAAAUGAAGAACACACUGAAGAACCGUGAGGGGUCUUUGGGUGAGGCCCGGAAGCUGCAACAGUUCUUGCGUGAGCUGGACGACUUCCAGUCGUGGCUCUCCCGCACUCAGACCGCCAUCGCCUCCGAGGACAUGCCCAACACGCUGGCCGAGGCAGAGAAGCUGAUGGCUCAGCAUGAAGGCAUCAAGAACGAGAUCCAGAACUAUGAGGAGGACUACCAGAAGAUGCGGGACAUGGGGGAGAUGGUGACUCAGGGCCAGACAGACGCUCAGUACAUGUUCCUGCGACAGAGGCUGCAGGCGCUCGACACCGGCUGGAACGAGCUUCACAAAAUGUGGGAGAACCGACAGAACCUGCUGACCCAGUCACAUGCUUACCAGCUGUUCCUCAGGGACACGAAGCAGGCCGAGGCCUUCCUCAACAACCAGGAGUACGUCCUGGCUCACACUGAGAUGCCCUCUACUCUGGAAGGAGCCGAGGCCGCCAUCAGGAAGCAGGAGGACUUCAUGACCACCAUGGACGCCAACGAAGACAAGAUCAACGGUGUGGUGGAGGCCGGCCGGCGCCUGGCGAGCGACGGGAACAUCGACGCAGAACGUAUCCAGGAGAGAGUCGCCUCCAUUGAUGAAAGGCAUAAGAAGAACAGGGAGGCUGCUGUGGAGCUGCUGAUGAGGCUGAAGGACAACAGAGACCUGCAGAAGCUCCUUCAGGACUGUCAGGAGCUGUCCCUGUGGAUCAACGAGAAGAUGCUCACGGCGCAGGACAUGACGUACGACGAGGCCAGGAACCUUCACAGCAAGUGGCUGAAGCACCAGGCCUUCAUGGCCGAGCUGCAGUCCAACAAGGAGUGGCUGGACAAGAUCCAGAAGGAGGGCAUGAUGCUGGUGUCAGAGAAGCCGGAGACGGAGGCGGUGGUGAAGGAGAAGCUGUCAGCGCUCCACGCCAUGUGGGAGGAGCUAGAGUCCACCACGCAGACAAAGGCUCAGUGCCUGUUCGAUGCCAACAAGGCCGAGCUGUUCACUCAGAGCUGCACCGACCUGGACAAGUGGCUCGUGGGUCUCGAGGGUCAGAUCCAGUCUGACGACUACGGCAAAGAUCUGACCUCCGUCAACAUCCUGCUCAAGAAGCAGCAGAUACUGGAGAACCAGGUGGAGGUGCGUCAGAAGGAGGUGGUGGAGCUGCAGAGCCAGGUGAAGGCUCUGGGUCAGGAGGUGAAGGAUGCUGAUGAGGUGGACGGGCGGAGGCAGCUGGUGGAGAGUAAGUUCCAGGAGCUGCUGGAGCCGCUGAGACGCCGCAGGGACAUCCUGGUGGAAUCCAGAGAAGUUCACCAGUUCAACCGAGAUGUCGAGGAUGAGAUCCUGUGGGUUCAGGAGCGGAUGCCUGUCGCCACGUCCACCGACCACGGACACAACCUGCAGACCGUCCAGCUGCUCAUCAAGAAGAACCAGACUCUGCAGAAGGAGAUCCAGGGACAUCAGCCUCGAAUCGAUGACAUCCUGGAGCGCAGUCAGAGCCUCCUGCGCGACGAGUCCUCCAACACCGACCUGAUCCGCCGGCGCCUGGCCGAGCUGCAGGAGCUGUGGAGGAGGCACAAGCAGGAGGCGGAGUCCCGACACGGCCGGCUGGAGGAGGCGCACGAGGCCCAGCAGUACUACUUUGACGCUGCGGAGGCCGAGGCGUGGAUGAGCGAGCAGGAGCUGUACAUGAUGUCAGAGGAGAAGGCUAAGGACGAGCUGAGCGCCGUCACCAUGUUGAAGAAGCAUCAGAUCGUGGAGCUGGCGGUGGAGGACUACGCCGAGACCGUCCACCAGCUGUCCAAGACCAGCCGGGGACUGGUGUCCAACACACACCCAGAGAGUGAGCGGAUCAGCAUGCGUCAGUCUCAGGUGGACAAACUGUACGCCGGCCUGAAGGACCUGUCUGAGGAGAGGCGUGGCAAAUUGGACGAGAGGCUCCGCCUCUUCCAGUUGAACCGGGAGGUGGACGACCUGGAGCAGUGGGUGGCGGAGCGGGAGGUGGUGGCCGGGUCACAUGAGCUGGGACAGGACUACGAACACGUAACUAUGUUGCAGGAACGUUUCCGUGAGUUUGCCCGUGACACGGGGAACAUCGGUCAGGAGCGCGUGGACGCUGUGAACCGCCUGGCGGACGAGCUGAUCAACGCCGGGCACGGGGACGCUGCCACGGUGGCGGAGUGGAAGGACGGGCUGAACGAGGCCUGGGCCGACCUGCUGGAGCUCAUCGACACCAGGACGCAGAUCCUCGCCGCCUCCUUCGAGCUCCACAAGUUCUACAACGACGCCAAGGAGAUCCUGGGGCGCAUCGUGGACAAGCAGAAGAAGCUUCCGGAGGAGGUGGGACGAGACCAGAACACGGUGGAGACGCUGCAGAGGAUGCACACCACCUUCGAACACGACAUCCAGGCGCUGGGAACACAGGUGAGGACGCUGCAGGACGAUGCCGUCCGCCUCCAGUCAGCGUACGCGGGCGACAAAGCCGACGACAUCCAGCGCAGGGAGGGGGAGGUGCUGGAGGCCUGGAGGAGUCUGCUGGAGGCGUGUGACGGACGCCGGCUCCGCCUCCUCGACACCGGGGACAAGUUCAGGUUCUUCAGCAUGGUCCGAGACCUGAUGCUGUGGAUGGAGGACGUGAUCCGACUCAUCGAGGCCCAGGAGAAACCCAGAGACGUGUCGUCAGUGGAGCUGCUGAUGAACAACCACCAGGGCAUCAAGGCCGAGAUCGACGCCCGAAACGACAGCUUCACCGCCUGCAUCGAGCUGGGGAAGGCGCUGCUCGCCCGGAAGCACUACGCCGCCGAGGAGAUCAAAGAGAAGCUGCUGCAGCUGACGGACAAGAGGAAAGAGAUGAUUGACAAGUGGGAAGAUCGAUGGGAGUGGCUACGGCUUAUCCUGGAGGUGCACCAGUUCUCCCGGGAUGCGGGCGUGGCCGAGGCGUGGCUGCUGGGUCAGGAGCCCUACCUGUCGGGCAGGGAGAUGGGACAGAGCGUGGACGAGGUGGAGAAGCUCAUCAAACGCCACGAGGCCUUCGAGAAGUCCGCCGCCACCUGGGAGGAGAGGUUCUCUGCUCUGGAGCGCCUGACCACGUUGGAGCUGUUGGAGGUGCGGCGGCAGCAGGAAGAGGAGGAGCUUAGGAGGAGGCCGCCGUCUCCAGAGCCGCCGCUGAUCCAACAGGACGAGUCACAGCAGCACAGCGACGUCAUCGUUCAGAACGGCCUGAUGUCCGACCACGACUCCCCACGGGACGGAGAGGACGCUGGCGACCUGGUGAACGGGGUGGCCGAGCGGAGCUCCAAGGAGCCGAGUCCGACCCCGUCCCCGACCUCCGGCAGGAAGAGCAAGACCAGCCUGUCCUCCACGCUGCCGUCCAAACACCAGGAGGCCCCGCCCUCCCAGCUGGAGGGGCUCCUGCACCGCAAGCACGAGUGGGAGGGCCACAACAAGAAGGCGUCCAACAGGUCGUGGCACAACGUGUACUGUGUCAUCAAUAACCAGGAAAUCGGUUUCUACAAGGACACCAAGGCGGUGGCUCAGGGCGUCCCGUACCACAACGAGGUUCCCCUCAGCCUGAAGGAGGCCACCUGCGACGUGGCCUCGGAAUACAAGAAGAAGAAACAUGUCUUCAAACUCAGAGUGAACGAUGGAAAUGAGUUUCUGUUUCAAGCCAAAGAUGAGGAGGAGAUGAGCACCUGGAUCUCGGCCGUCCUGAGCUCCAGCGAGGCUCCAGGCUCUCUGCCCGGCACGCCGGCGUCCGGCCGGGCUCAGACGCUGCCGGCCGCCGUCACGCUCACCACCGAGUCGAGUCCCGGAAAGAGAGAGAAGGACAAGGAGAAGGAGAAAGAGAAGCGUUUCAGUCUCUUCAGCAAGAAGAAGCAGUAGAAGAAAAACCGGCAGCACUUUGGUGAAACUCCAUCGAUCUGAACUCGCUCUCAUGCUCGUCGUUUUCUCGCUUCUUUAAAAAUGAGUAAAUUCUCAUCAUCUGCAUCUGGAAACAGAAAGAACUGGAAUCUUCUCCCGAGUGCGUCUUCACAUCUUUCAGCUCCAGUUUGUUGUUCUUCAGAAAGUUCAGGAUCAAACGUUUCACCAAAGUGCAACGUCCUGUGUUUGUUUGUUUUCAGUUUAUUUUUUAUGUUUUUAACUAAAGAUCUUUGUUGUGAGGUCAUCUGUGAUGUCACUGGAGUCCGACGGCGGUUCAUAGUUACGAGUUUUCUGAACUGAGAGCACUUUGUUGAAUGUCAGCGAUGAACCGCUCUCGCUCAGCCUCUGUGACAUCAUCAGGGACCACGCCCAUAUUUCUUUUUGUCCAAAUUUUUCUUAUUUUUCUACUUUUUGAAACCAACUUCGUUAUUUCCUCAAUUUUGUGAGGUGUCGUCAAGACAACCUACAUUCUUCCCUAGCCAGUGAGAAGUUGGACCAGGAGUGAAUUUCAUUUUGAUUCUUUUGUUUUCUGUCACGCUUUCACCGUUUUCUAUUUGUCUUGAGAACAGCCAAUCACCUUCCAGGGGGCGUGUGCUGUAGACACUUGCAUGCUUCGUCAUUCUCAGAGCGUCGCCUGAAAACUCACUCGGAUCUAAAGUAUCUGGUUUCUGAAUCUUUUUCUUUGUCUUCGAUGUUUCUGAUGAUGAAGAUCAACAUGUAUAAUAAACACUAAAGCUUUGAUGUUCCAUGGUAAACGUGCGUGUGGUGCUGCGGACAGUAGGGGGCGGUACAGCGGGGGGGGCUGCUUUGCUUGUAGCUGCUCUUUGAUACUCGUGUUGCUCUGUCGCUGCUUGUCUAUCGUACCGAACAUGUAUGGAAGUUAGCGCCAUCUUACUGCACAAUCAGAAACUACAGUAUAUGAAUGAAGAAGCUGUUUCAAUAUUUAAACAGAUGUUAGAACAUUAAAGCUUUUCUCAUGUAUGAAACUGCACCUGUAACUUUAAAGCUCUCUCUCUCUCUCUCGCUCUCUCUCUCUCGCUCUCUGUGCGAUGUCAUUAAAGCCUUGAACUUUACACACCA